CGUGUAAAAGUGUUUUUCCGCUCAUUUCAGGAAAGAUGGCGCUCGCCGCGGGACGCGUUUAUUGAUCCGGAUAAACCUGAAUAUUAGCCGUGUUAUAACUGUUUUAAUUAAUAGAGGUGAAAUGCAGAGUCCGUGGAGGUGGACAGUAUUCCUCUUCCAGAAAUGCCUCACGCUCCCUCCAGCAUUCUCAUCCAGGACAUCCCACUGCCCGGAGCCCAGCCACCCUCCAUCCUGAAGAAAAGCAGCGCACUGGGGAAAGCGUCGUCUCUCUCUGCCGCGGCUCUGGCUGGAGUUCCACGGCUGCCGGCGGGACGCAAACCCCCAGGGCCUCCACCGGGCCCCCCACCCCCACAGAUCCUGCAGCUGUAUGGCAACACACGCCGCACAGAGGCCAGCGCAGGCUCGGACACAGAGAUGAUGGACGGCGGUCGAGACUCCGACAGUAAGAGCGAAGCAGACGAGGAGAGCGACUCUCAGGAGGACAGCAGUGCAGAGAGAGAGGACAGUGACCGGGGAGAGAGAGACGAGGAGAGAGAGAGAGCAGACAAACACACAGGGCGCAGUGUGCGGUUCGCAGAUAUGCCAUCUCCCAACAAGAAGAAGCGUCGUGUGGUGAAGACGAAGAGCAUCACUCCACUGCAGGCCAUGAUGCUCCGCAUGGCAGGUCAGUCUGUGCCGGAGGAAGAGGAGGAGGAUGAAGAGGAGGAGUACAGUGAAUCUGAGGACUCCGAGGCUGAGGAUCAGGCCUCCACUGACGCUCCGCAGCCAUUGGUCAAUCCUAGACUUCCUGUUCCAUCUGCACCAAUGGCAGCGCAACAACCUCCUUCACUCAUGCAGGCUCCACCAAUAACAGGGCCUCCUCCUUUAGGACCGCCUCCUGCUCCUCCAAUGAGGCCGCCAGGACCACCUUCGGGCCCGCCUCCAGGACCACCUCCUGGUGCUCCUCCAUUCUUGAGGCCUCCUGGGCUUCCUUCGGCUCUUAGGGGCCCCAUGCCACGUCUGCUGCCUCCGGGGCCCCCGCCAGGACGCCCACCCGGACCCCCACCAGGCCCUCCACCCGGCCUGCCCCCUGGACCCCCGCCAAGAGGACCCCCGCCCCGCCUGCCCCCACCCGCUCCACCAGGAAUGCCGCCACCUCCCCCUCCCCCGCGCGCCGGCCCACCACGUAUGGCUCCACCCCUCUCGCUGUUCCCGCCCCCGCUCAACCCCAAUGUGCUCAGUGCUCCACCCAGCAUUGUCCCCCGUCAGAAGUCUCCCGCUGCCUCGUCCAAUGAGGGUGCUCCAAGCGGCUCUGCCCUGCAGAUGCCGCCGCCCCCCGGCACCACAGCCAAUCCGCUGGCCCCCACCAUCGAGAAGCGGGCCACGGUGGCGGGUUCGGGUGGCGCUUCUGCGCAGGGGGGCGGGGCCACCAUCUCUGCCAAACCGCAGAUCAUCAACCCCAAGGCGGAGGUGACGCGCUUCGUGCCCACAGCGCUCCGCGUGCGCAGAGACCGGGCAGGGGGGACAGGGCGCAGGGAGGAGGAGCGCCCACCAGCCAAUCAGCAGACCCCUGCCCACCAGGCCCCGCCCAUCGCCCACGCCCCCACCCCGCCUAACCUGAAGACCAAAGACCAGGUGUACGAGGCCUUCAUGCGGGAGAUGGAGGGGCUGCUCUGAGGUGUGUGUGUGUGUGUGUGUGUGUGUGCGUGUGUGCGCGUGUGUGCGC